AUGAAAAUCAUAUGGUCUCGAUUCAGCGAAAGCGGUGAUGGGCGUCUCACCGAGUACCAGGUCAUCGGGCGUCAUCUGCCCACCGAGGCUAACCCCACGCCCAAGCUUUACCGCAUGCGCAUCUUUGCGCCUAACACUGUCGUGGCCAAGUCCCGGUUCUGGUACUUCUUGACCCAGCUCCGUAAGGUCAAGAAGGCCAACGGUGAGAUCGUCAGCCUCAAUGUCAUCCCCGAGAAGCGUCACCUGAAGGUCAAGAACUUCGGUAUCUGGAUCCGCUACGACUCUCGCUCCGGUACCCACAACAUGUACAAGGAGUUCCGUGAGAUGAGCCGUACCGAGGCUGUUGAGGCUCUCUACCAGGACAUGGCUGCCCGCCACCGUGCCCGCUUCGGCUCCAUCCACAUCCUCAAGGUUGUUGAGGUCGACAACGCCGACUCCAUCCGCCGCCCCUACAUCAAGCAGCUCCUCCAGAAGGACCUCAAGUUCCCUCUGCCUCACCGUGCCGCCAAGACCGAGGGCAAGAAGAUCUUCGCUUACUCUCGUCCUGCUACCUUCGCUUAA